UUUUGUAAAAUCAUAUUUAAUUCGGUUUAAUUUAUGUGAUGUCAGUAUGAUAACAUCAUCGAUAAACUGAUUGGACCGAUCAACUCGAGGCCCGGGUCAAAGCUUAGGGUUUAACAGACAAUGUAUAGGAUUACUGAUUGGAAGGUUGACAUGCCACCAGAAUCCGAUGAGAAGGAGCUUGAUCCAUCUCUGCAAGAACUUGAUGUGAGGGGUACAGCAACUGCAUCAGAAAAUGAGUCAUCUAGUCAAGAAAAAGUUAUGAGUAGGAUGUCUCCUCUUCUAGACCAAACUGGUGAAACAAGGAUAACGGAAAAAUUGUAUAGAUAUGCAAGAGGCGGUAAUUGGACGCAAGCAAAUACAGAAAUUUUUAAGAGCCGUCCAAAAAAUUCAAAAUAUUUAACUGCUACAAUAUCAGACAAUAGGGACAUUGCUCUCCAUGUUGCCGUUGCAGAAAACCACCCUAAGUUUGCCGAAGAAUUGGUGAAAUAUAUGACAAAAGAAGAUUUGGCUAUUAAAAAUGGUGAAGUCAAUACUGCUUUUUUCUUGGUUGCUGAAUCAGGAAUACACAUAAAUUUAGCUAGGAAGAUGUAUGAGAAGAAUACAGAAUUACCAAGUAUUCGUGGAAAAGGGGAGAGGUUUCCAAUUUACGUAGCAGCUUAUCACGGGCAUAAAGAGAUGACGGAGUUCCUUCGUGAAAAAGUCGGAUCCUUAGAAGAAAGGGAUAUCAACGAAUUAUUGAAACAUAAAACUUUUUCUGAGUUUUUUGAAGACUUUAAAAGUUUACGUAGACUUGUAUUGAGGGAUGACUGGGACAAAGCUUAUGGAGGUUUUCUUAAGGAAAAUAAAAUGUAUUCAAUUGCUACGAUAUCAGACAGAGGGAACACCGCUCUCCACGUUGCAGUUAUAGCAAAUUCCUCUAAGUUUGUCCGAAGACUGGUAGAAUAUAUGCAGAAAGAGGAUUUGGCUAUUAAAAAUCGUGAUGGCAAUACUGCUUUUUACCUUGCUGCUUUAUCCGGAAGGGUGGAACUUGCCAAGCUGAUGUUUAAGAAGAAUGACGAAUUACCAAAAAUACGUGGUUCAAAUAAAAAGAAGAUGUUACCUAUUCUCGCAGCAGCUGAGCAAGACCAUAAACAAAUGGUGGAGUUCCUUUAUACAGUUUCCAAGAAACACUUGGAAGAAGACGAUAUCUACCCAUUGCUUUGCAGUCUGCUCCGUAUGUCUGAUUUGUUUGAUGUUGCGCUGAAUUUGAUAAAGAAACACUUUAGUGUCCUAGACAAGCGGAGCUAUGAAGCAUUGGAAGUAUUGGCUGGAACACCUAUGAUGUCUCGUGACUUUGCAAAUCAAAAUCAGGAAGGAUUUUUUAAGAGAUACUUCAAAUUAUUCAAAUUACUCUUCCCACUCGCUGAUUCUGGAAGCGACAAAUUGCCCCAUGAAAAGCUUCCCCAACGAACACUUGAGCUACUCAAACUCUUAUUGGAAAGGGUAGAUUCCCGCAAAUUAAUAGAAGUCGCUGCCAAAAAAGAAAACGUUGAACUUCUAAGCAUAAUUAUUUGUGAUUAUUAUCCUGAGCUCGUAUUGGAACGUGAAGAAAAGUCAUUUAGGCUAUUAAUUCACAAUGCUAUUUUGAAACGUCAAGAAGGUAUCUUGAAACUCAUAAACAAGAUGAAGACAUUAUUUGAGAAUGCACUUCCGUCCACAGAUAUAUUGAAUCUGGCUGGAGAGUUGCCUCCAUCAUAUCUGCUGGAUAAUAUUCCGGGAGUAGCUCUUCAGAUGCAGUAUGAAUUAUGGUGGUUUAAGGAAGUGAGAAAGAUUGUGAAUACGUCGGAUGCUCAGGCUAAAAAUGACGAUGGAAAAACUCCUAUAGCUUUGUUUAAUGAGAAGCACAGAGAUUUAAAGGAGAAGGGAGAAAAAUGGAUGAAGGACACUGCUAAUUCGUGUAUGAUUGUGGCAGCACUUAUUGCCACAGUUGUAUUUGCUUCAGCUUUCACAGUACCAGGUGGCAGCAAAGAUGGGUCAGGGACUCCUCAUUUUCUUCAUAAAGUGUCCUUCACGGUUUUUGUCAUAUCAGAUGCAGUAUCUUUGGUAUCAUCCAUUUGUUCCAUUUUAACAUUUUUAUCUAUUCUCACUUCCCGAUAUGCAGAAGAAGAUUUUCUUUUGGCGUUGCCUACAAAGUUGAUUGUUGGGCUCUCAACACUUUUGUUAUCAAUAGUAGCAAUGAUGGUAGUUUUCUGUACAACUAUUUUCAUUGUCUUUGAAGAUGGAAACAUUUGGGUUCCUAUUUUUGUUACUGUAAUUUCUUCUUUACCUGCUAUAUUAUUCACCGAGCAACAACGGAAGCUCCUGAUUGAUGUACUAGUUUCAACCAAUAAAAUAAAGUGUCUUUCGAAUGAAGAAGGCAGAGCAAGGGAGCUUAAUAAGUUUUCAGAAGACAAUGAUGACGAUGAUGAUGAUGAGGGAAGAUACCAGCACUACAAGAAUAGAAUGCAGAAGUGUCUUAGGACAUUCUACCAGUACUGUCUUAGAAGAUAAUGGAUGCAUGUAUGGGACAAGUUGGUGGAAAUGUAUAUACCUCGCGAGUGAUGUGAUGGGAAUGCGAGUUAGUGUGAUACAAAUUAAAGACAUUUACUUCUUUAUGAUUGAAAUUAUUAUUA